AUGCGAUUCGGGUUGCAACUCAGCCCACCUCUCAGCCUCGCCCUGCACGCGCGUUCUCAAAUUCCGGCCGAUACAAUCCCCCAGACCUCCACUUUGCGCGCACCGACCAGCACUUUCUCCUCCUCCACCACCACCACCACCACCGCCGCCGCCGCCGCCGCCGCCAUGGUUUCUGCACUCAUUCUGCUGGCAGAGGGGACGGAGGAGAGCGAGUACACCAUCACGUACGACGUCCUCGUUCGUGGUGGUGUCUCGGUCCGUUCCGCACUCGUCCCUCCCUGCGAUAGUGCCUACGUCACCUGCUCACGCGGCGUCAGGAUCGUGCCUGACAUCUCGCUUCCUUGCCCAGCCGAGGCAGUGCGGGAGUACGACGCACUCAUCAUCCCCGGUGGCGCCAAGGGCGCUGAAACCAUCAGCAGCUCCAGCGACGUCCACGCCCUGAUCAAGCACAUGCACGACGCUGGAAAAGUGGUCGGUGCGAUCUGUGCAGGCUCGCUCGCCAUCCAGGCGGCCCACCUAGCCCCUGGCGCCAAAAUCACCUCGCACCCCUCGGUCAAAAGCCAGCUCGAAUCCGAUUACGACUACCGCGAGGAGCGCGUCGUGGUGUCGGACCGACUCAUCACGUCGCGCGGACCGGGGACCACAUUCGAGUUCGCGCUCGCCCUCGUCACCACUCUCGUCGGCGCAUCGAAAGCGCAAGAGAUCGCACCACCCAUGCUUCUGCCCUCCGUGUGA